AAUAGCUCCCCAAGGAGGAGACACCCCGGCAGAGGGAAAGGGAAGAAGACUCCUCACCAUUUGCAGGAGCCCAGGUCAUAGGCCUGGGUUGUAUCCAUUUACCCUUAGGACCCCAAUCUCUCAGAACCUGAAAACAGGGCAGUUCAAUGCCUAAUGGAUAGACAGAAUGAGCCCAUGAGUAAGUGGCCAUGUUCCUCCUCCAAACAGCCUGGGGGGCACAGGUCAAGAGUGUCCCCAGGGCAGGGAAGAUUAAGCUGAAGUCAGGAGAGGUAAUGUGAGUUCCCCAUGGUCACACUGCAAGACCCUAACAGUGGUGUGAUGCCAUUUCAGAAACCAGAUGACAGUGGGAGUUUCUGUGGACAGUCAGUGUCUUCCCAGGCUUCUGUAUGGGCCUUCCCUGGCUCUCAGACUACUCCAGGUGGCUGUAUCCUGACAGAGCACAGCCGGGGUGGGGGGACUUUGGUAAGUUCUUCAGACGGGCCAACGGCACUUCUUUCUGCAGGACAAGCUGUGGAACAGGAACCAUGUGGCUGUUCUCUCAGGCCUUCACCCUUGUCUUGCUGGUGGUGUUGGACGUCAGGUGUGAUGUGAAGGAAGUUUGUAUGGGGAGCCCUGGCAUCCCUGGCAUACCUGGAUUACAUGGCCAGCCAGGCAGAGAUGGGAAAGAUGGUAUCAAAGGAGACCCUGGACCUCCAGGCCCCAUGGGACCCCCUGGAGGAAUGGCAGGCAUCCCUGGGCGUGAUGGACUGACUGGAGCCACUGGUGUCGCUGGAGAGUGUGGAGACAAGAGAGAGCCUAGAGAGUGGGGCCCCCCAGGGCUUCCAGCUUCUCUGGAUGAGGAGCUCCAAAGCACACUCCAUGACUUCAGACAUCAAAUCCUGCAGUUAAUGGGAGUCCUCAGCCUGCAGAGAUUCAUGCUGGCAGUGGGAGAGAAGGUCUUCUCCACCAAUGGGCAGUCAGUCAAUUUUGAUGCCAUUAGAGAGUCAUGUGCCAGGGCUGGUGGUCGAAUUGCUGUCCCAAGAAGCCCAGAGGAGAACACAGCCAUUGCAAGCAUUGUGAAGGAGCACAGCACUUAUGCCUACCUGGGCCUGGCCGAGGGCUCCACCCCUGGAGAGUUCUACUACCUGGAUGGGGCUCCUGUGAACUACACCAACUGGUACCUGGGGGAACCCAGGGGCCUGGGAAAGGAGAGGUGUGUGGAAAUGUACACAGAUGGACAGUGGAACGACAAGAACUGCCUGCAACACCGACUGACCAUCUGUGAGUUUUGAGCAGGCUGCUGAGGCCAUAAAAGAGAUGGGGUCCUACCUACCCUUUCAGCCAUCAACCUGAACAUCCACCCACCUGGUCUAUGGGAGGCUGUAGUUCCUCUCAACAAAAUUGAUUUGUGGCUAUUAGAGCUGGAGGCUUCCAUAGCUCCUCCUUUCCCUGGAUGGGUCCUUACUCCUCCCAUCAUCACUAAUCAAUCUUGACACUCCUCCUUGCUGAGCCCCUGGACUUACUCUGACCCCUUCUCAGCACUGCUCUCUAGGAGCCACCCCUAGUCUUUGGCCUUUGGCAUGACGUGGGAACUUCCUUCUUCCUCAUCUCAUCCAAUCCCUUCAUUUAUAGAUGGCAACAGGAGUGUCCUGGGAUGGAAUGCCACUCCAAGGUCACGCUAACAGGCCU